AGAAGGCUAACCAGUCCAUUUCUCUGUUCACCGAGCACUUCACGGAUCGGAUCUCUGCCAAUCCUAUUAAUGGAAAACUUCCGAUCUCCUCGCCGUGAAGACUCAGUCGUAUACUGGAUUGUUCCUCAAUUUUGGACUUCAGUUCUAGGAUUUAAUUAUCUGAUGUUUACGUUUUGACAUCAAGUUAUGUGCACUCGUUGCACUCUGCUUAAUUCGUCGGAAUUUGAUCACCUGAUACUCUCCCACGCCUUUUCCGAUUCCACCACUCUCUCUAUCAGCCAUGGCGGUUCCGUCUUUCAAGUUUCUAUUCGGAUUCUUCAUCGUUUUGAUUAUACUAUGGCUGAUUUUCAUGUUUGCUUCUAGAUUGGUGGCUUUGAUUUUGAGCAAGGUUGUUGGAGCAUCAGUAGCAUUUCGUGUUGGAGGGUGGAAAUCUUUAAAGGAUGUUGUGAUCAAGUUCCGGAAGGGUGCAAUUGAAUCAAUAUCAGUUGGUGAAAUUAAAUUGAGUUUGCGCCAGUCCCUUGUCAAACUUGGCGUGGGCAUUAUUUCUAGGGAUCCGAAGCUACAGAUAUUGAUAUGUGACUUAAAAGUUACUAUGAGGCCUUCAGUUAAAGGUGUGCCAAAGUCGUCUAAGCCUCGGAGUUCCCGCCCUAAAGGCAAAGGAAAGUUGAUGGUUGUAGCCAAUAUUGCAAGAUAUUUGUCAGUUUCAAUAACAGAUUUGGUUCUAAAGACUCCCAAAGCUACCAUUGAAGUCAAGGAUUUGAGCAUUGACAUAUCUAAAAGUGGUGGAGAAGCAGCAAAUUUAGUUUUCAGGUUACAAAUAUUGCCCAUAUCUGUGCAUCUUGGUGAACCACGAGUUAGUUGUGAACAAUCAUCCAACUUGAAAAGUGAGGGAUGUAUAUCUGCUGUCAAUUCAUCUUUUGCCACUACGGAUAAAUCUUCUGCUCCUUUUAUUUGUGAAGAAUUUUCUGUGUCUAGUGAAUUUGGACCUGACAGGGAAGCUGGUAUAAGUGUGAAGAAUAUUGAUAUCGCUUUUGGAGAGGUCAAUUUAAACUUGAAUGAGGAGCUAUUUUCAAAAAGCAAGAAGGAAACGGACUCUUCUUUUCCUUCUGAUAAAACUGUAGAGUCAACUGCUGAUUCUCAACCUACAGUGAAGCCCCAGAAGAAGCAACCACUUGCAUCUCUUUCGAAGUAUACCUCUGUUUUCCCAGAAAAGGUCUCCUUCUGCCUUCCCAAACUGAAUGUUAUGUUUGCGCAUCGUGAGCACGAGCUUGUUGUUGAAAACAACAUAGUGGGCUUUCAGUUUAAGAUAAUCAAAUCACCCUGCUUAGAGGAUUCAGGAGAGACUGCACGUCUUGAUCUACAAAUGGAGUUCAGUGAGAUUCAUCUACUUAGAGAGGCUGACACUUCCCUUCUGGAGAUACUGAAAGUCGAUGUAGUGACCUUUGUUUAUAUUCCAAUACAACCAGCAUCACCAAUCAGGGUUGAAGUGGACUUAAAGUUGGGAGGUACUCGGUGCAACAUAAUAAUAAGUAGACUGAAACCAUGGCUGCGCCUCCAUUCCUCCAAAAAAAAGAAGAUGGUCCUGAAGAAGGAAAAGCCUUCUGAAAAGCCGAAGUCUUCUGAGUCCAAAGCCAUCACGUGGACAUGUACGGUAUCAGCCCCGGAGAUGACUAUUGUGCUUUGUAGUACAAGUGGUUCACCGUUAUAUCAUGGCUGUUCACAAUCUUCUCAUGUGUUCGCAAAUAAUAGAUCAAAUAUGGGAGUUGCAGUACAUAUGGAGCUUGGUGAACUAAAUUUGCACCUGGCCGAUGAAUACCAAGAACGCUUGAAGGAAAGCCUUACUGUGGAAUCAAGUUCAGGCUCUUUGAUACACAUAGCUAAGAUAAGUUUGGAUUGGGGAAAAAAGGAUAUUGAACCGUCUGAAGAAGAGGGUCUUAGAAGCAAACUAGUGUUGUCUGUUGAUGUGACUGGUAUGGGUUUCUAUUUUACAUUCAAGCGUAUUGAAUCACUUGUUUCAACUGCUAUGAUUUUACAAUCACUUCUUAAACAAUUCUCUGGUUCCCGGAAGAAAACUACGCAAAGCCAAGGGGACCGUUCAACUAAAUCAUCUGGGAAAGGGACCAAACUUCUAAAACUCAGGCUUGAAAAAUGCUCCAUAACCGUUUGUGGGGAUAUUGAUUUGGAGAACAUGACUGUUGCAGACCCUAAACGUGUCUAUUAUGGAUCACAAGGUGGUCAAGUUGUUAUGACCGUCAAUCCUGAUGGCACACCCCGUUAUGCAAAUGUAAUGUCUACGAUGUCUGAUGAAUGCAAACGGGUGAAUUAUUCCAUAGCUCUCGAUAUUUUUCAUCUCAGUUUAUGUGUGAACAAGGAGAAACAAUCCACACAGGUAGAAGUUGAGAGAGUUAGGUCAAUAUACCAGGAGCAUUUGGAGGAACAUGGGAAAGAUACAAAACUGACAUUCUUUGACAUGCAGAAUGCUAAGUUUGUACGGCGUUCUGGUGGUCUCAAAGAGAUUUCUGUAUGCUCGCUUUUCAGUGCUACGGAUAUUUCAGUUGGGUGGGAGCCAGACGUACAGCUAUCUCUUGUUGAACUUGGACUACAGCUGAAAUUACUCGUGCAUAACAAAAAGGUUCAGGGAGAUAAUAACGUAUCUACUGAAGAUGCUUCAAACACAAAAGAUUCUGAACAAAAGACAGAAACCAUCUCUGAAUCUGGGCAGCCUGAGAAACAGAAGAAAAAGGAAUCAAUAUUUGCUGUUGAUGUGGAAAUGUUAAGAGUUUAUGCACAGGCUGGAGACGGAGUUGAUGCAGUUGUUCAGGUUCAGUCAAUUUUUUCUGAAAAUGCACGUAUAGGAGUACUUCUAGAAGGACUCUUACUUAGUUUCAAUGGCUCCAGAGUACUCAAAAGUAGCCGAAUGCAGAUUUCACGUAUUCCUAAUGUGUCUACUGGUACGUGUGAUAUGAAAGUGCCAGUUACCACUUGGGACUGGGUUAUUCAAGGUUUGGACAUACAUAUUUGCUUACCUUACCGGUUGCAGUUGCGGGCCAUUGAUGACUCAGUUGAGGAUAUGCUGCGAGCUUUGAAGCUUAUUACUGCUGCCAAAACAUCUGUUAUUUUUCCAAUGAAGAAAGAAGGCUCAAAAGUCAAAAAGCCUAGUUCAACCAAAGUUGGGAGUUUGAAGUUUUGCAUACGUAAGUUAACUGCUGAUAUAGAAGAGGAGCCAUUGCAGGGAUGGCUUGAUGAACACUAUAAGCUAAUAAGAAAUGAAGCUUAUGAAGUAGCUGUUAGGUUAAAAUUUCUUGACGAUUUAAUUUCUAAAGCAAACCAAGUUCCAAAAACUGCUGAAACAAUUGAUUCUCCUCAAGAAAGGAAGACGUGCUAUAAUGGCAUUGAAGUUGAUCCACAAAAUCCAUCAGAUGUGCUUAGAAUGCGAGACGAGAUACAUAGACAGUCAUUUCAAUCUUAUUAUCGUGCCUGUCAGAAUAUAUUGCCAUCAGAAGGUUCAGGUUCCUGUACUGAAGGGCUCCAGUCUGGUUUUAAAUUCAGCACUGCCAGAACUUUUCUUAUGUCCGUUACUGCUACAGACUUGGAUGUUUCCUUAACGAAAAUUGAUGGUGGAGAUGAUGGAAUGAUAGACGUUCUAAGGAGGCUUGAUCCUGUCUGUCUGGAAGAAAACAUACCAUUCUCGCGGCUUUACGGGAGAAAUAUACUCUUGAAUGCAGGCUCUCUUGCAGUGCUGCUGAGAGAUUACCCAUUUCCUCUAUUUGCAGCAACUUCUGGUAAAUGUGAAGGCUGUCUCGUGAUGGCACAACAGGCUACGUGUUUUCAACCUCAAAUAUAUCAAGAUGUGUACGUUGGGAAAUGGAGAAAGGUGCAGAUGCUACGCUCUGCUAGUGGUACAACUCCUGCAAUGAAGACAUAUUCAAAUUUGCCCAUUCAUUUUAAGAAGGCAGAGCUAUCUUUUGGAGUGGGAUAUGAACCUAUUUUUGCUGAUAUCAGUUAUGCUUUCACUGUGGCCUUACGAAGGGCUAAUCUUAGUGUCUGUAAUCCUGGUCCACUUAUUCAGCCUCCAAAAAAAGAGAAGAGCUUACCAUGGUGGGAUGAUAUGAGGUAUUACAUCCAUGGAAAUAUCACUUUGUAUUUUUCUGAGACACGGUGGAAUAUUCUUGGAAGUGCCGAUCCUUAUGAAAAGCUUGAAAAACUUCAAGUAUUAACUGGUCAAAUGGAGGUCCAGCAGUCAGAUGGUCGCAUCUUUCUUUCUUGCCAGGAAUUCAGGAUUUUAACCAGCAGUUUGGAAAGUAUGGCUAUUACUCGUGGUCUAAAACUUCCUCAAGGCAUCUCUGGUCCGUUCCUUGAAACGCCAGUUUUCACCCUUGAAGUAAACAUGAUCUGGGGUUGUGAUUCUGACGCUCCAUUGAACCAUUAUCUACAUGCGUUUCCUGUUGAAGGAAAAUCUCGUGACAUAGUCUUUGAUCCAUUUAGGUCCACAUCUCUGUCACUUCAGUGGAGUUUCACCUUUAGGCCGCCUCUUCCUUCGAGUGAGAAACAGUUGUUUGAUAAUAUCGAUAAAACUAAUUGUUCUACAAAACUGAGUUUUGGAGCUCAUGAUCUUGCUUGGAUGAGUAAGUUUGGGACUUUGAAUUACUUACCUCCUACCAAACUCCGUACCUUCUCUAGAUGGGCCCGUUUUGGUGUUCCCAGGAUUAUAAGAUCUGGUAAUUUGCCCAUGGACAAAGUAAUAACCGAGUUUAUGCUAAGAAUUGAUAUUACUACUCCUGAGAUAAGACAUGUCCCAUUAGAUGACGAUGAUCCAGCAAAGGGACUGACUUUUAGUAUGGCAAAGCUGAAAUAUGAAAUUGGUCUCAGUCGGGGCAAGCCAAAAUAUACAUUUGAAUGCAGACGGGAUAACCUUGAUCUUUUCUACCAAGGACUUGAUCUUCAUAUGCUAAAGGCUUUUACAAAUAAAGAAAAUUGCAGCAGUGUUGCAAAAGCAGUUCAAAUGACCAGAAAAAAUUCACAAUCUGCUUCCACAGAUAAAGUCCCUGUGGAGAAAGGCAACAGUACAAGCAGCUCAACUGAAAAACAUCGUGAUGAUGGAUUCUUUGUGACGGCUGAUUAUUUCACAAUUAGGCGGCAGAGUCCAAAGGCUGACCCUGCUAGGUUAUUAGCUUGGCAAGAGGCUGGAAAAAGAAACGUUGAGAUGUUGUCUGUAAAGACUGAGUUUGAAAAUGAGAAUGAGAGUGAUGAACGUGCACGAUCUGAUCCAAGUGAUGAUGAUGGAUACAAUGUAGUCGUAGCUGAUAAUUGCCAGCGUGUUUUUGUUUAUGGACUCAAACUUUUAUGGACAAUUGAGAACAGAGGUGCUAUUACUUCUUUUGCUGGCGGUCUAACCAAGGCAUUGCAACCUUCAAAACCUUCCCCUUCAAGACAAUAUACACAGCGGAAACUACUUGAGGAGAAACUACUUGCGGAGAGCCAGCCGAACGAUAAAGCUCAAGUGUGUGAAGAUGAGGAGAUCUCUAAGGCCCCUAACAAUGAUGAUACAGUUGCCUCUUCUACAUCACAGCCAGAGGCUUUGGAAUUGCAACCAGCCACAUCGCAAAGCGUUAAAACAGAAAACAUUUCGUCUACAGAUAAAGGGGAGAACGUAUCAUCUCCUGCACCUGGAAAAGAUGAGAAGUUAGAUGACAAAGAGGAUGAAGGGACUCGGCUCUUCAUGGUGAAUGUCAUAGGGCCACAAUUCAAUCUUCACUCAGAAGAAGCUAACGGAAGGUUUUUGCUUGCUGCUGCUACUGGGCGUAUUUUAGCACGAUCAUUCCAUUCAAUCGUCCAAGUUGGCCAUCACAUGAUAGAACAAGCUCUUGCCGCUGGAAAUGUGCAAAUUUCAGAGUGUGAACCUGAAAUGACAUGGAAACGGAUGGAGUUAUCGGUGAUGUUAGAGCAUGUUCAGGCUCAUGUUGCACCAACUGAUGUUGACCCAGGGGCUGGAUUGCAGUGGCUUCCAAAAAUUCUAAGAAGUUCUCCUAAAGUAAAGCGAACUGGAGCUUUGCUUGAAAGAGUGUUUAUGCCCUGUAACAUGUACUUCCGAUACACAAGGCACAAGGGUGGAACUCCUGAGUUGAAGGUGAAGCCAUUAAAAGAGCUUACUUUCACUUCUGAAAAUAUAACAGCAACAAUGACUUCUCGUCAGUUUCAAGUUAUGGUUGACGUGUUAACAAACCUUCUUUUUGCACGUCUUCCCAAGCCUCGAAACAGUAGUCCUUCAUUUCCUUCGGAAGAUGGUGAGGAUGUUGAAGAGGAAGCAGAUGAGGUUGUCCCUGAUGGUGUUGAAGAGGUAGAACUUGCAAAAAUAAACCUUGAAGUGAAAGAACGGGAACAAAGGUUACUUCGGAAUGACAUCAGAAAACUGUCUCUCUAUUGCGACGGUAGUGACCUAAAUCCAGAAAAAGAUGGUGAGAUGUGGAUGGUUUCAGGCGGAAAGUCCUUAUUGGUGCAAGGAUUGAAGAGAGAGCUUGUAAAUGCACAAAAAUCUAGGAAAACGGCAUAUGCAUCGUUAAGGGUGGCUCUUCAGGAUGCUGCUCAGGCACGAUUGAUGGAGAAGGAGAAGAACAAAAGUCCUUCAUAUGCUAUGCGGAUUUCUUUGAAAAUUGACAAAGUUGUCUGGAGCAUGCUUGUUGAUGGUAAACCUUUUGCAGAAACUGAACUAAAUGACAUGUUUUAUGAUUUUGACCGUGAUUACAAAGAUAUUGGCAUUGCUCAGUUUACUACGAAGAAUUUUGUUAUACGAAAUUGCUUGGCCAAUGCCAAGUCUGACACGCUUCUAUCAGCAUGGAAUCCUCCACCAGACUGGGGAAAAUUAGUCAUGGUUCGAGUGCAUGCAAAGCAGGGAGCUCCGAGGGAUGGAAAUUCACUUCUUGAGAUGUUGCAGGUAGACAUUUAUCCCCUCAAAAUUCACUUGACUGAGGCAAUGUAUCGGAUGAUGUGGGGGUACCUUUUUUCAGAAGAAGAUCAAGAUUCACAGAGACGGCAGGAAGCUUGGAAAAUUUCUACGGCUGCAGGCUCAAGGCGCGUAAAGAAAGGUGAAGUGUCCACAUCAAAAGAGUUAGAGAUGUUCUCCAAAUUAGGUUUCUCCCUCGGUGGUCAAGCAUCUGCCAGCGCCGAAUCCUCUCAAGCAUCAAAGUCACAAAACCCCAAGUCUACUGCUGGCAGCAGUUCAGGCUCCGAGUUAAGAAGAACAUCUUCUUUUGAUAGGUCUUGGGAAGAGACUGUGGCCGAGUCUGUUGCUACUGAACUUGUCUUGCAGAGCAUCACCAAAAGUGGACCAUUGGGCUCUGGUGAGCAGCCAGAUGAAUCAGCUAAUAAAUUGAAAGAUCCCAAAGCUCCCAAAACAGCUGGUCGCUCAUCCGAAGAGAAAAAGGUGAUUAAGCCUCAGGAUGAGAAGAGAGCCAGACCUCGAAAGUUGAUGGAGUUCCACAAUAUCAAGAUUAGCCAGGUUGAGUUGCUGGUUACCUACGAAGGAUCAAGAUUUGUGGUCAAUGAUCUAAAGCUGCUGAUGGAUACAUUUCAUCGUGUUGAGUUCACUGGCACUUGGCGUCGGCUGUUCUCUCGAGUUAAAAAGCAUAUCAUCUGGGGAGUUCUAAAGUCUGUUACAGGAAUGCAGGGUAAGAAAUUCAAAGACAAAGCACAUACUCAAAAGGAACACCCCAAUCUGCUGGUUCCUGACACCGACUUCAAUUUGAGCGACAACGAAGGGGCUCUAGUACUAAAGUCGGACCAAAAUCCAGUAACCUGGCUUAAGCGGCCAGCCGAUGGGGCAGGUGACGGAUUUGUUACAUCAAUCAGGGGUCUUUUCAACAAUCAGCGUCGCAAGGCCAAAGCAUUCGUAUUGCGCACAAUGAGGGGAGAAGCUGAUGGUGAUUUCCCAGGUGACUGGAGUGACACUGAAGCUGAGUUUUCGCCUUUUGCUCGGCAGCUCACUAUAACUAAAGCAAAGAAGCUUAUUAGGCGCCAUACUAAGAAGUUCCAAGCCAGACAGAAGGAUUCAUCUCCUCAGCAGAGGGACGAGUCCCUGCCCUUGUCCCCAAGGGAAGCCAUCGUAUAUGAUGAAAGCGAUUCUUCUAGCGGCUCAUCAUUUGGAGAUUUUACUGAACAGGAACAGCUGCAGCUUGAGCAAAUGAAAGAGGAGCUUAUGGCAGCUGGAGCAACAAAUGAAAGAGAAGCUUGAAUCCUCCUUUCAUGGAGAACACAAAUAAUAGCCCAGAUAUCUACAAUGGAGGAUGGCCUAUGGAGAAUAAAGCCGCCCCAUUUUUCUAGUUUAUCUACCUAUAUAUAUAUAUAUAUAUAGGUUUCAGUUUGCUCAUAAAUUUUUGAGCAACUGGAAGUCCAAUUUUGUCCCUUCAUAUAUUAUUUAUGGUAUAUAAUAAUAAUAAUAAUG